AUCUUUCAGUAGAAAAUCUCUAACCGGCCAAUGGCGUGAAUAUAAGCUAGUUGGCAUUUGGAGAAGAGAAACAUUGAACGAAAGAAGAGACAAAAAUUGUGUGCAGGCAAGCCUAGCGUUUGAAGAAGAUAUGGACUUGAAUUCAUCUCCAACGUCCAUGAGUUUGUCCGAGUCCCUGAUGAUGAACGGCGUUCCAGAUGUGAGCCGUAUUUCUAUCGACCAGCACCCCAGUAAAAGACUGGAUGUUCCCUCAACCGUCCUGUGUGAAUUACUCUCUACUGUUCCAGGUAUCCGCGAUCCGGGUCAUGAACUCCUUGGUGGUGCCCCGCUCAAAGAGAAAGAAGAAAACCAGCUGAAGUCUUCAGUCAUCAAUAAUGGACGAACCAGUUCAGAACAGCAUCAGUCUUCACUUAAUGGCGGUACCGGUAAUGGUAACGGAGGAGGCGGAAACAACGGCCAAGAUCUGGACAAAACUGUCAAACAAAAACGACACAGAACACGUUUCACGCCUGCCCAGUUGAACGAACUUGAGCGCAGUUUCGCUAAAACUCACUACCCAGACAUUUUUAUGCGAGAAGAAUUGGCUCUCAGAAUUGGUUUAACUGAGUCACGCGUACAGGUUUGGUUCCAGAAUCGACGAGCUAAGUGGAAAAAACGCAAGAAGACUACAAACGUGUUUCGCACACCAGGCGCUUUGCUUCCCUCACACGCACUGAACCCAUUCAGUGGCAUGAAUGAUACCCUUUGCUCAUUUCAUCCCUCAGACACCCGAUGGGCUGGUAUGUCACAAAUACCGACCCCAAUGAACGGCAAUCAAUUCGGUCUGGCGACAGCUAUACCUCGCCAGGGCUUGGCCCAGUCUUUAUCACCUCAAGUAUCGGUAGGAUUGAACCAAGGAAACGUUUUGGGUAACGGUAUCACAUGCAAUGUGACCAACACUGUGAACAGCCCUUCAAUUUACAAUACUGCCUAUUGUGUUCCUUCGUCUGGUACAUCACCCAUGUCUGAUGGAUCUCAGUCCCCGUCCAUCACAACAUCCCAGAUCCCAUGCGCCAUGCAGGAACUUGGCGAUGCAUGGAGAGGUACUAGUAUAGCAUCUCUCAGACGGAGGGCGCUGGAGCACACUGUAAGCAUGUCAGGUUUCCGAUGACCUGCGUCCUUCUACUGGACUCUCAUUGAGUAACAACAUCCGAAUACAUAUAUAUAAAAACACAUAUGUUACUAGAAGAGACAGUCUCUUACCAUUACCACAAGCAUUAUUAUUAUUACUAUUAUUAUAAUUAUAAUUAUUAUUAUCAUUACUAUUAUUAUUACCGUUGUCAUUGAAUCGUUUCAAUAAUUAGUAUUUAUAAUAGCUGCUGCUAAAUUACAAAAUAAAAACUUAAUAAAUACAUCGUAAGAAUAGCUUGAUUGAUUGAUUGAUUGAUUGAUUGAUUGAUUGAUUGAUUGAUUGAUUGGUUCAGCUGAAUUAAUUAAAUUAGAGGAAACCAGUGAGAAAUUAACGGAGGAAAAUGAAAUUCUUUUCUUCGGGUAACUCAGUUACGGCGCUGACCCCACUUUCAAAUACAUCAUAUUCUUCAACAUUUCGCUCUCACCCUGUGCAAAUCUAACGAGAAACAGAAAAAAUAAUCAGUGUUUGUCAAUAUUAAAUAUUAAAAUUGUGAAUACUAUUUCAUAUCUCUUUACUGUGCAAGAAUCCUUUUUUUUAACCUUCAAUACAAUUUUAAAUCAUUACUAAAAAAACCUGAUCUGAAUUUUUUUUAUUGAAUCUCAAACACAAGACACGCACACUC